AUGGAAGCUAGGCUAGAAGCAGCAUCUCGAGCUGGAGACUUGGGUGGAUUCCACCAGCUUCUCCAGGAGGAUAGCCUUCUCCUGGAUAGAUUGAAUAGUAGCCCUUAUCCAUCUAACAAUCCCCUCCACAUCGCCGCCCUACUCGGCCAUGCCGACUUUGCCGGUGAAAUCCUCAGCCGAAGGCCAGAACUUGCAAAGGACCUAAAUGAGCAAGGCUUCUCCCCCUUGCACUUGGCUUCAGCCAACGGCAACCUCUCAGUGGUGAAAGAACUGUUGAAGGUGGGCUCAGAUCUCUGCCUAAUCCGGGACAAAGAUGGGUUCAUUGCAAUCCACACUGCGGUGAUCAAAGGAAAGAUUUGUGUUGUGAAGGAAUUAAUUGAUGUCUGCCCAGAGACUGCAAGAGCAGUGACCUGCCAAGGAGAGACCAUUGCUCAUUUGGCUGUGAGAUCAAACCAUUUUGAGAUGGUCGAGUUCCUGGUGGAAAAGCUGGGCAGCGAUGAGGAGCUACUUAACUCCAAGGAUGGGAAAGGAAAUACCAUUCUGCACCUCAGCGUUGUUAGGAAACAAUUCCAGAUUCUGAAGUUUUUACUAAGCAAGCCAGCGAUCCAAGUGAACACUUUCAACCUGAAGGGAUUCACUCCACUUGACGUGUUGUUGGAGUCGCCAAAUGAGCACGGAGACCUCGUUCUGGGGGAGAUGAUUCGAGCUGCGGGUGGGAAGAAAGCAGAAGAGGCAUCUCAACAAGAAGCACAGAGUCAUCCUACUCAGCAAGUCAUUAAUCCUGUUAGGACAUCACCAGUGAGAUCAAAUUGGAAAGGCCGGCUUCGACAUUUCUUCCAUCUAAAACCCAAGACUAGGACAUCACGUCGGGAUCUGCGAGCAAAUCAAGAAAAUGAAAACACUUCAGGCACAUUGAUGGUGGUGGCAACACUAAUAGCAACUGUUACAUUUCAGGCAGGAAUGAACCCUCCUGGGGGAUUCGUGCAGGAUGGCGGGCCAAACGUAGAUAACCUCGCUCCCGGACAGGCAGUUCUAGGUUAUCAACUGUCUCCCUUCUUGUUAUCUGACAUAUUGGGAUUAUUUGCAUCGCUAA